AUGAAAAAUUUUGAAAGAACAUUACCAAAUUAACUUGGUCAAAAAAUUUAUAAUAAAGCUGAUUAAUUCGAUACAGGAAUUGGAAAACUUGAGAGAGCUUACUCUUUUAAUUAAGCUUUGGAAAAUUAUCCCAACCAUGAUUAAAGCAAUGAUAAUAUAAGGGAAACAAAUCCAAAAAUAUUUGGGAACUCUUAAGAAAUUAGUCGAAUAGAUGGUGAUCAUGGAAGUUUUUAGGAUUUAUGUGAUAAUGUCACAGACCCUUUAUCAAGUAUCAAGAGAUAAACUUUAUUUGAUAAUGAAAGUGUUCAAGAAUCGAAUUAUAAAGUUUAAAACAAAAUAAAAUCUGUAGUGAGCCAUUUUCAAAUUCAUUAAUCUGAUUCAUCUGAAUAAAUGAAGGGUAUCAUGACAAUUCUAUAAACUUUAAGCAUCUUCAGUUUUUCAUAAAGUUUAUAAUAUUCCUCAAUAUAAUUUGUUUAUGGAAAAAAUAAAAAUUUAAGGUUUUUUGAAUAAAACAUUUAAAUUUCAUUGGAAUCUUAAAAGCACUUCAUCAAUCAAAUUUAUUCAAACCAAUAAAAGUUAAUUAAAAAUAAUGACACAGCAGAGUUUAAAUCAUUUUUUUCUUUUAGUAAAAAUGUUGGUAUAAUUUCAAAAAGCAAAUCAUUUUAUUUUAAAGAAAUAAAAGAACAAAGAUCACAUUAUGUAUAUUUUAUUAUAAACAGGUGUAUGACAUCAAAUUAUAAACGCUUUAGCUUAAACAAAUCGAGCCUUAACUAUCAGAAAUCCCUCUAAUUGAUCCAAUUGUAGAUAAAUAAAAAAAAAGAUUAUUAGAAGAAUAAAAAUAAAAGGAGGUGAAAAUAAAUUCUCUCUAAGAUAACCAAAAAUAAAUUGAAUAAAAAUUCAACUUAGACUUUACAAAAUUAUUCUAGCAAGUAGAUGAGAGCAUAAUUCAACCAUAAUACAACAAUUUGCAGAAACCUUUUAAUAUUCAAAAUUAAAAUUUUUUGACAAAUCCAAAUAUUUUUAAUAACUUUACAAAUUCUAACCCAUUUUCGAAUAUCCUUAAUAAUAACCAAUAAGGUUUUGUUUAAACAAAUUUCAAUACUAUGAGUAAUACUUUGCCUUUAACAAAAAAUUCACUCGAUUCAAAUAAAAGCAAAUCAUAUAACACAAGAAGUGGACGAAGCUGA